AUGGUGGAGAACUGCGUUUGGAAGCCCAUGACGCGCGUCGUGGGCUGCUUCGUGGAGAAAGCCAAAGAGGUGGUGGCUUCAUUCGGGGACUGCUGGAAGAACAUCGAGGACGCGAUCCUGAGCGGCUUCCGGAAGUUCAAGAGCCUGCUGCCCCAAGGGUGCAACUCCUGGAGGAGCUGCAGGGACACGCUGCGGGGCGCGGGCCAGAAGCUCAUCGAGGUGCUCCUUGGGGAGCUGAAGAGCGAGGCGAAGAACUUGGUGGAGAAGAUCGGGCCAGGCUUCCGCUUGGUGGGGAACUUCAUCUCGCAGGCCCAGGAGGUCGCGGUCGACCUGGGGAGGAUCGCUGCCGAUGCAGCGAAGGGCGUCCUGAACUUCGUCAAAGGCUCGGCGACGGCGAUUUGGAACUACCGGUUGCCAAGCCUUUGCACUCCGAGCGGCGUCGGGUACUGGAAGCUGGUUCCGACCGACUGCGGUGCCUUCGAUGCCAUGGGGAGGAUCUUCUCUGAGGUUUGGGCCGUGUGGAAGAUCAAAGAGAACUUCGACAACACCGUGCAUAAGUUCAGGGAUUGCCUCGGGAAAAAGAGCUUCAUGGGCCUGCCAUCGCCCUUCAUCGAGGUGUCCCUUCAGAGCUUGUGCCUGCCGCAGUUCAUGAAGAGGCCGCUGGAGAUGAUCGUGGGCUCAUUCCACCAUUUCAUCCAACAGAUCAGGGAGGCUUCCGGCGGCUGCCAAGGUUCGGACCAGGCGAUCUGCCAGCUUGCUGCGGACAUGAAGUCCAUUGGGCUGAAGAUCAAAGACGUGUUGGACACAAAGGUGUCCCUGAUGCAAGCCGCCAAGACCGUGGGUCGAGAACUUUCGCGCGGUCAGGCAGCUGAGACGAAGAUCGACGAAGGUUCCGGAGGGGCCUCAGCUGGCCUCUUUGAGUAUUCCUCUGGCGAGUGUAAAGGCCCCGACUUCUCCGUGAAGCUCGGGCUCAGCUUGGGCAUCAGCUUCAACCAACCCGGCGGGGGGACCCUCGACCUCGGCUUGACAUUCACAGGGGCGGGGGGAUGCAAGAACGACAAGGGCUUCUUCGACUUGCUGCUGGGCUUCGGAGCCUCCAGGACCCUCAAACUAGAACUGGAAAGCUUGAGUCUGGUGUGCGCGAGGUCCUACCUGCCGGUUCCGGCCCCCGGCCCGGCAACCUACAUGGAACCACAAGGUGCUCAUGAUGCCCCGUUCUUGGUGGAGAAGAGGGUUACGCCCACCAUCUCGAUUGGCUUCUCGAUUGGAACAGGGCAGACUGACGUGGCCAGCUGGGACAUGGGCAUCGGCAUUUCUGGCUCGGUGCCACUUGUGCCGAUGCUGCCUGCCAAUGGCGGCACUGGCAUCUCAUACUCCAUGAAGCCACCGGGCAGCUUGCCCUCCGGUUUCGGCCUGGGCUUCUCGGCAGCUCCCCCCGAUCCCUCUCUGGCGCAGGCCGGGGCCGGACAUCUGCACCCGGUCCAGGAGGCGGUGAACGGAGCGAUGGCGACCGCAGAUUCCUACGAGGAGCAGGUGCUGGCGGCCGUGGCCGCAGCGAGCUCAGGCUUCAAGCACAUGGAUGUGGGCCAUGCCGUGGAUACCCUGGGCGUGCAUCCGCAUGAAGCCCUGCGCCACGGCGCCUCCGCCUUGAAGAACUACGACACCGUUGCCGCCCUGGUGCAGCAGCAUGCGGAGGAGCAGCACGCAGGGUCGAAGUCCCUGAGCUCAGAGGAGCUGGAGGGGGCCCUUGACGUGAAUGCCAACAUUUACGUCAGCCUGUCCCUUUGCUUGACCUGCUCGAUUUGGGAGAAUGGGGAGGAUGCGAGCGAGGUGGCCUUCGGCGCAGGGGCCGGUCAGAACAUUGCAGCUCAAGCUCAGGCAAAUGCCCCCAUGCUCGAGGCCAACUGGCAGUCUUCCAUGAGGCGGCAGGGUUGGAGCAAAGCCCCUGGCAUCCUCACGGGCUUCUACCAGGGGCUUUGCAAUUCCUUGUCCUGCCUGUCAAAGGCCCGGUACGCGGAGUACCCCAAGGCUACGAUGGAUUGCUACAACGCAAACUGGGGUAGCUCCUUCAACAGCAAGGGUUGGAGCACUUGCCGCCACGGCUACUUCAUGACCGGCUUGUAUCGGUCGACGUGUAGCCAGCUCUCUUGCCUGGAUCAGGUGGAGUGCUGCCGCCCAGAAGGCGCCUCCCACGACUGGAAGCAGUGCAUCGAUGAGGACUGGGGUCUUCAGACAGGGCACUGGCUCAGCCGCUUGACCAGCUUUACCAAGCUGAUAGGCUGGAAGAAGUGCACUCCUGGCAAGGGCCUGGUGGGCUUGUACCGAGACUCGUCCAACAAGUGGUCCUCCGUCCAGUCGGCCAAGUGUUGCUACUUGCCAGCCUAG